ACUGUUGUGUAACGAAUCAUAACUCCAUUUUAGAAGUACUUGGAUUCAUACAUCACCUGGAGGGCUGCUGUUCUAUCAUCCUCAAAUAAAGUCUCUACCUGCAAUUGCCAUAUCAUCUUAAAGACCUUGUGUCAGACAGCAGUCCUCCGGGUCACGUCAGGGCCCGCUGAGAUGUCUGACAUGAAGACUGGUCUACCACCCACAGGUCCAAUACCAUCUGAACCUUCUCUACAGAAUCAGAACAAAACCGACACUAAAAGCCAUAAAAUGCAGCAAGAUUUUUUAUAUGAAGUAGUUCAAAAAAAUGGAUCUCUUGCAAAAUCCAAGUCACAUGUGAAGAUGGAUGGAGAGUGGAUUCUAAAGUGUGUGGGAAGAAGAAUUUAUUACAGAAAUAUAUUUAAUAGCAUAGAUGAAACUAAUAUUAUAUUACGUAAAGCACAUUUAGAAAAAGUCAACCAUAAUUAUUAUUUUCCAUAUGAAAUUAAUAAAACAUUUUUAGAACUUUUAGCCAUAUCAGGCGGAAAAUCAAAAAAGCAACAGGCCAUCCUGUGGUUAAAGCAUAAAGAUGGAACUUAUAAGCAAUAUGGACCCUUUCCUGGAGGACCUAAAAAACAUAGUGAAGAUUAUAUUAUUGAAAUACUAAUCGACAAACAAUUUAAUGCUUCAGAUUAUACAGAGUGCUGGAUUUAUUCUACAAAUUGCCCAUGUUUAUGUAAAAACAACUGGGAAUUAAAAGAUCAUAACCCCUGUAUGAUAAAUUUGUAUGCUAUAAGGAUAAAGUUUGAAAAGGAUUAUAAUAUAAAAACAUAUGUUGGGUUUUCCAGGUUUUAUGGUAUAUCUGGCUCUUUUAUGGAACUUUUACCAUACAAUCCUAUUAAACAAAAUAAUUACCCAAUAAAAAAAAACAUAAAACAAACUAUAAAACAAAAAGAAAAAAGGAUUGACAUGUUAAAGGAUUUUGACAAUGAGUUUUUAAACAAAUCUAAUGAACUUAUCACAGAAUUAAAAGAUAGAAAGUUUAAAAUAAAGAAGGAUGAGUUCAGUACAGAAUAUAAGUCUAAAUACUCAGAUCUUAUAAAAGACAUUCCAGAUAUAUUUAAAGAUAUGGUUUUACAAGAACUACAAGAAUUGUUUCAAUAUUUUACAUAUCCAGCGACUUUUGAUCAAUUUAUAGUCAAAGGUUGGAAAAAGUUAGCAAAUUUAAGGGAAAAACUAGCAACGGACAAUUUAAAUUAUAAUGUUCAACAGUCUUUUUUUAAGAAUGUUGAAGAGAAUUUUUUAGAUUGGUGGGAUAAAAUUGUAAAGAAAGCAUCCAGCACAUUUUUAAAUGAAAACUUGAAUGAAGAUUUUAAAAAGUUAACUUUUCAAGUCUUCCUUAAUGAAAUUCCAGACCCACAUAAAAACUUUAUUGGCUGUUUAGACCACACGAUUGAACAUUUUCACCCUGAAAUUCAACCUAAUAAUGUUAUUGUAAUAUGAUGUACACUGAUUGAUGUAUGUUCCCCCUCAAUGUUAUAGUGUAAUGUAAUAAUACAGCAUUUAUAAUGAUUUAAAUAAACAAUUUAUCUCCCACUAUUUGCUCUUUGCAUUUUUCUUCUGGUUUUGAGACUGUAGGUAAAACACAUGGCUUGACAAACCUCAAUCUCUGUCUAUUCACCUUUUUUACUAUGCCAGAAAUGACCCUUAUCGCCUUUGAUGUGCGUGUAGGAUCACUGAUCUAUCAAUGAUUUCAAAGCAACAAC